AUGGCUUCCCAAGCUGCUCGCCUUGCCCGUAUCUUCACUCCAGAAUAUGCCCGUCGAGUCAACGCACAGAUAGUACAUCCUGCUCAGGCGACGGUUGUGAAGCCCAACGAGCUUGAGUCAGCUCUGGCUCGGCCAGUCAACGUAGCUAGAUACGAACCUGAUCGCCCAGCGGAAUACCUCGCCGCGACUCUUUCGUACGGAGUCAUCAAAGGCCAUCCAUUCUUUGACGGGAACAAGCGAACCGCCUUCUUCCUUGCAAACGAGUACUUGCGCGCACAGGGCCUUCCUGGCCUACUUGACAGCUGCGAGGACGACCAGAGCCUGUUCGAUGUUGCUGACCAACACGUCAAUGCCGCAGCUGGGCAACUAGACGUAGAAGGGCUCGUCAGCAGAUCACAGCACGCAAAGAACUGA